UUAUUUGGACAGACGCUUUACAGUGAAGUUAACUCGCACACGGGUGAGUAAUGCGUUAUCAUGCUAAUAAGCAAAACAUAAUAUAUGUUUCUUAUCAGUUGUGUGCUUAUUAUGCGAGCGAUUGUAUGUGCGAUUUAAAAUAUAUUUAUUAAGAGUACCAACGAGUUAACUUAGUUUGAAUCGCAGUAUUUGCAUUUUUGUGUAGUGCGCAGUAUUUAUCAUUUAAAAGGACUUUCAUCAAUUAGUUUCAGAGAAAAUCACAUCCUAUGCCGAGUUAAUUAUGUCCGGCCACCUGAUGCCAGGAGAUUCAGGAGCCAGUUCUGAUGAUGCAACGAGAAAGAACGCGCGACCUUUUCAUUUACCAGCCUUAGCGAAAAAUGGAGACGUAGGUAAUAAAUCGUCAAUUAAAUCUGGGACCUUAGAAGAUGAUCAGAGGCUGCCACCCGUAAGACCCCAACGUGGGAUAAAAACAAGACAAAACUAUCGGAAAAGAAAAGCAGUGACAAUAAAAGAUUACUUUGAUAAUAACAAGAAGAAUUUAGAAAAAUAUAUUAUGGAAUUUGUGACUGUUGAAGAACUGCAGCAGUGGCUUAGCAGGAAAACCAUCAGUAACACUACAUCCUCAAACGACGACAAUAAUGAAGUGGGGAAUAAAGAAAAGUUUUUGAACACUAUAAAAUCAUUUGACAAUGUUAAGGAUGAGGAAUCUGCAAUAAAGGAAAUACUCAUUUCUGUUGGCACGGCAUUGAGUGCUGGCGCGAUUGGAUUAUACAAACUGUUUCCCGAUGACCCGGCCGUCGUUCAAUACUAUGUGAUUGAUAAUCAGAAUACAUUACGCCAGACAGAGGCAGAAUAUACAGAGAACGUCCUGCAAGUCGCUAAAACUGGUGCAAUCCUUCGGUUAUCCACAGUCAUGGACAAAUCAUUAACAAAUACGAAGCUAAAGCACGUGAUGUAUCAACCGAUUUUGAAUGAGUCUGGACAGACUACUUAUAUAGUAGAACUCUGGAGAUCCAAUGCUUUUGACGAAGCAGAAGAGAAACUAUGCUCAAACUUUAUUACUUGGAACAGUCUAGCACUGCACUAUUGUAAUUUGUAUUGGACAAAGAACCGGGAAUAUGAUAUGUACGGAUUUUUACUACAGUCUGUGAAAUCGAUAUUUGAAGAAAUCGAAUCCUUAGAUGACGUAAUGAAGAGGGUUUUAGAAUUUGUUCAAAAAUUGGUUAAGGCAGAUCGGGCGUCUCUGUUUCUUGUUGAUAAUAAAAACUCAGAACUAAUACCACCACUAUUUGACAUUGACAAUGAACCAUGUGAACUGAGAGAUAAUGGCAAAGUUCAAGAUAUAAGACUGCCCCUAAAGAAAGGAAUUGCUGGCCAUGUGGCUGUGACGGGUAAAAAUCUUAACAUAGCUGAUGCCUACUCGGAUCCAAGAUUUAACAGUGAGGUUGAUGAACUAACUGGAUAUAAAACAAAAAACAUUCUUUGCAUGCCUAUUAAGGUUCAAGGUAAAGUGAUGGGCGUUGUUCAAAUGAUAAACAAGAGAAACAAUGGUACAUUCGACAAAAAGGACGAAUUGGCAUUUGAACGCUUUUCCACGUUUUUUGGACUAGCGUUGCAACACGCUAAACUUUAUCAUGACAUAUUAAAACAAAAACUAAAGUAUGAAGUUGUUCUGGAAGUGAUAAGCUAUCAUAACACUUGCAAAGAACGUGAAGUUUACGAAAUCCAUAAGGAUAUUGAGACAUUUAAUAUCAAUAUGGAUAAUUUUUAUCUGGAUCCUUACAUGUUUGAUGACAUCCAAAAAUGCAAAGCUGCUAUAACAAUGUUUGAUGACUUAUUUGAUUUAUCAAAUUUCGAUAGAUUAUCUGUAAUAAGAUUUAUACUUACCGUGAAAAUAAAUUAUAGACAGGUGCCAUAUCAUAACUUUGAUCAUGGAUGGUCUGUUGCUCAUGCUAUGUAUGUUAUGUUGAAAAAUGAUAAUGAAAAUCGAUUCGAUAACAAAAUGCGACAGGCUCUAUUUGUGGCUAGUUUAUGUCAUGAUUUGGAUCAUCGUGGCUAUACUAAUAAAUAUCUUAAUGAAACGGCAUCACCUUUAGCUACUAUGUAUAGCACGUCUCCUCUAGAGCACCAUCACUUCAAUAUCACUGUGAAGAUUUUAUAUCAGAAUGGUCACGAUAUAUUUGCUCAUAUGGCACACGAAGAAUGUCGUGACAUUUUAAAAGAUAUUGAACAUUGUAUAUUAGCAACGGAUUUAGCAGCAUUCUUCCCAAAUAUGAAGAAAAUGAAAUCAAUAUUAGAAGUAGACACAGUUCAACAAUUUAACUGGAAUGAUCCGGAUAAUUGUAAACUAGCAAUGGCAAUAUCAAUGACAGCUGCUGAUCUCUCCGCAUCUACAAAACCUUGGGAUAUUCAAAUAAAAACUGUGCAAGUAAUAUUUGAAGAGUUUUACGAACAAGGUGAUAAGGAAAGGGCGGCUGGAAAAAUACCUAUGCCUAUGAUGGAUAGAUACAAACCUGAAGAGCAAGCAACUAGUCAGGUCAGUUUCUUGGAGCAAAUAUGCGUACCGUGUUACGAAAUUCUUCAAGAAAUACUUCCGAAUACAAAACCAAUGUACGAAAUGGUGGGUAAAAAUCUCGAGUCAUGGAGAUCAAUCAAGUCAAACAAAAAUUUGAGUAACUUACAGCAUAACCGGGUUCUUAAUGAUGACUUACAAACUUCAGGAGCUCAGAAUAAUUUAGAACAGAAAAGUAAAAUAGUCAAUGAACUAAAAGUACAACAUGAUAAUUCAUAUAAUGGCGCUUUAAUUGAAAAUAAAAUAAACAAUACACUUCGAAAAAUUGAUUCGAAUGAAGACCUUAGCGAUAAAAUAAAAUUUAAAGAUAAAGUUGGUAAAAUAAUUAAGUUGUUACCUAUGCAAAGUUCCACUGAUGAUGAAGGUGUAGUAACACCAACACAUAGCCGACACACACAGUAAUUUAGUAAUUAUGUUCUCAAAACCCAUGAUUUCUACUUGUUAGAGUCCCACUUAUGACGGUAUUAUGCCCAAUAUCCUGGGCAGAUUUAGUAGUUGAUUUUAGAAGAUCGGCCGAUUUUGUAGUUUUUUCUCGUAGGGUAUUAAUUAGAAACUUCAGUAUUUUUAUUUGCACAAUGGGUGAUUACCGUAUUUUUCAAAAAAGAAAACUUAAGUAAAUUUAAAUUAUCCUUAAGUUUAGUAUUAGCAAAGUUACUGUCUCGUGACCUGGCUUCUAUUAAAUUAUAAGAGUUGCUGGCUUGAAUUACUUUAAUUUCAUCAGACAUUAAAGUUAUUCAAUUGUUAUCAAAAAACGGGAAUAAUUCAUUAAUUUAUAUGGAUUAGCUGUAAGAAAAAAAAUUAAACUUAAACUAACAAAGGGCUGAACCAAUAUAACCUUGCUUCCAGCUACACCUUCGUUUUUAUAAUUUAAAGCUUCUGUUGCUUAUUCAAUGUAAGAAUCAUCUCUUAUCUAUCUUGAAUAUAAUAUUUACAAAGUAGUAAAAUGUUGAAUGACUAAACUAUUAUAUAUGUAUUAACGCCCAAACCCAAUAACCUAUCUCAAUCCAUUUGACCAUCUGUCAUAUAUCUUUCUAAAACCGUUUAGAUAGAAAAAUUUAAGAUAGGAUAUUGGUACAGACCAAUAUCCUAUCUUAAAUUUUUAGUUUGUUUGACGGGUGGAACAAUGUGCAUAGGUUUUAUUUAGUUUAUUUGGUUUACAUUGAUUAACAACGUGUAAACUCGGUCAAAUGGAACGACAAAGAGGAAAAAGGUUGCAUUAUAUCCGUCGCCAAAAAAUGGAUUGUCUUUGUAGGGUUUGGUUAUUGGGAUGCAGAUAAGAGAUCGAUUGACUGUUACCUGCUGAAAAUCCACAAUCUCAGAUUAGUUUCUAUCUGAAAUUCAAUAAUCUCUAAUCCAUUACAUUAUUGGCUUCGGGCGAUAAUAGUUUAGUCCAAAUGAUAAAUGAGAUUUUAAUCAAAUAAAUUGCUGAGUAUUACUCAUAUGUAGUAAUUAAUGUAUGAGAAUAAAAUAAGAUCGUAAUAAA